AUGGACUCAUCUCUGGGAACGCGCAUCAGCCUUGCUGGGAAUACCGGAACCGUUAGAUUUGUUGGCAAUGUCCAAGGCACGUCUGGCGUUUGGCUAGGAAUUGAAUGGGACGAUCCAACUCGGGGCAAGCACGAUGGCGUCCACAAUGAGACACGUUACUUCAAUUGUAGCGUUCCUAAUUCGGGUUCGUUUAUUCGCCCAACGGCGCAGAAUCUAUCAUAUGGCGUUUCGUUCUUGCAAGCAUUGUCUGCCAAGUAUGUUGAGCAGCUGCACGGAGCCGCGACCCAGGAAAAGGUUAUUUUGGGCUCCUCCAACGGUUCCAUCGAGGUCGAAGGGCCUCACCUAGACAAAAUUCGGAAGAAAUUAGCUCGUCUGGACCGAUUGCGAGAUGUCAGUCUCGACGGCGAGAGGGUCGCUAGGGCAGAUCCAGGCGAUACCGUACGAAGAACUUGCUCUAACAUACGCAAUUUGGACCUGUCUCAUAGCUUACUACCGAGCUGGGACGUUGUUGCCGCGAUCGUGGCUGAGCUGCCUGGCCUGCAGUCCCUGGCCUUGAACCAUAACCGUCUGCAGCAACCAUCGGACCUCGCCAAGAUGGCGGCUUCAUUCCAGCACCUGGAAGAAUUACAGUUAAAUGCCACACUCACAUCCUGGAGUGCGAUGCUUGACGUCAUUCGCUACACCCCCAAACUGCGUUUUCUGGAAAUGGGAUACAAUUACCUCACUCAUCUAGAGAAUAAUUUGGUUACUAGCGAUGCCAUGGGAGAAUGUGUUUUGCAAUCUCUCAAUUUGGAUAGCAACGAAUGCAAGGACUGGCCCGCCGUGUGUCAAGCAAUGCAGAUAUUCCCUUCUCUCCAACGACUGCUACUAAGCUCAAAUGGGAUUGCCCAAAUUCCUUACCCCGCGGAGGGCCAAUCCGAAAUACUGCAGGGUCUUCACCAUUUGGCGUUGCCAUCCAACUUGCUCUGCUCCUGGAGUGACAUCGACGCACUUUCUCGUUGGUGCCCAGGGCUCAAAACCCUGGCUCUAGGAUUGAAUCCAUUCGUUGUUGGUGAAGCUCAUGCAAGGUACUCCAAGCAGAUCACAGUCGCUCUCAUGCCUUCUCUGGUCAUACUCGAUGGCGUAAAUAUAUCCGCAAAAGAGCGGGUAGAUUGUGAAUUAUUCUACUUAUCGUAUGUGGCGAAAAAUGGGUUUCAGUCCCACCUAUCGCCCGCAGAUUACCCUCGUUGGCAGGAGUUGUGUGCGAAACACGGGGAGCCAUCGGUGGUCACCAACAAUCAUGAGUCUAGUGCUAAAUUGAGUACUCGUCUCAUCGGUAUACGAGUAUAUCAGUAUUCGGAGCCGCCUGCACGCACUCUGACAGUUCCAACUCGCAAGCCUGACGCUGUAAUUCAAGUCCUGCCCACGAUGACUUUGCGCAUGCUUCGUAACAAGAUAGGGAAAUCCCUGAAAGCCAGCAGGAAGACUGCAUUUCUUUGGAUAUUGCUUGACGAGGGCACAACUACAGUUGAACUUAGUAAGGACGAAGAUGGUCAUUCAUUAGAUUGGCUAGGGAUUGAAAACGAUUCGCAACUUGUUCUAGUACUUGGGUGA